UCACCCCUGCUUGUGUCAAGGUGUAGACAGACGCAAGCAGGUUUUUUCGCUUACUUCUAUCACUUUUCUUUCCGUCGCUAGCCGUUUCUAGAGUCUCGGGCACCGCCACCAUUUUUAAAUUUCAGUGUGAAUCACACUUCCUAGUUCCUACCGUUCCAACCGAACACGAUUACACGAGCAUCUGAUGCAAUAAAUAAACGAGGAUCUCUAGCACUGUCUAGGCAUCUUUGGAUUUGCGAACUCAUCAGUUCCUUUCUCUCUCUCCGUCUCUCUGGUUUUGUGGAUCUCUUUGUUCUUGGUUUCCUUUGUGGCUUUUCAGGGAAUCGAUUCGGUUCGAAAUUAAAGAUUUGUUCUAAAGAGAGAGUAGAACGAGAACGCUAACAGGGAGUGCAAGGAAAUCUUUACCAUGGAUCCCAACCACCAGAACGGCAAGAAAGAGAAUAAGAAAAUGGAUGAAGGCACUUCAAAUUCGAACACAGAGGGGAGGUGGGGCACCUGGGUUGUGGGCACUCCGGUUCCACCUCAGGCCCAUCCAGUAAACCAGAAGGCUGCGACUUGGGUUGCGGGAGAAGCGAUACCUUCUUCUGAUCCGGCGACUCUUAACGCUAACUACAUGAAAUACUCUGUUCCUCCGGUUACUAGUGGUGGUAAUGGUGGCAGCAGCAUGCCUCAGCCUACCAAUCCUUAUGUCCAGACAUCUCCUGUUCCUGGGUCAUCUGGGAAGAGCCCUAUGGAGAUGAUCCUUAAUGUGUUAAGUCGUUGGGGGAAAAAGUUUGAAGAUUGCGCCAAAAAAGCUGAGGGUUUUACUGAAAACGUCUGGCAUCACUUGAAAACCAGUCCUAGUCUUAGUGAUGCAGCCAUGGCAAAACUUGCCCAGGGGACAAAGGUUCUUACAGAAGGGGGGCAUGAGAAGGUUUUUCAGCAGACAUUUCAGUUGUUACCAGAAGAAAAGCUCCUGAAGGCAUAUGCUUGUUAUCUUUCAACAUCCUCUGGACCUGUCAUUGGGACACUGUACAUUUCCAACAAAAGACUGGCCUUUUGCAGUGACAAUCCUCUCUGUUUUUAUCCUGCCCCAGGACAGAAAGAGUGGCUAUAUUACAAGGUAUCUGUGCUGUUUGAGCAGUUGGUAGCAGUAAAUCCUUCUUCUAACAAAUUGAACCCUUCUGAGAAAUACAUCCAGAUUGUCACUGCAGAUGGCCAUGAGUUCUGGUUCAUGGGGUUCGUAUCAUAUGACAAGGCACUCAAGAAUCUGACUGAAGCUUUACAGCAUCGUGGUGCCUUUUCCAGUGUAAACCCACAGAACUAGUUAUUUCCUGUGCCCUUGUGUUGAGUUUGUGUCGUAAGCUGGUUUAUGUAGAAUGUAUAAAAAUGUAAUAUUUAAGAAUGUUGCAGGAGAACAUUUUUUGAACAUUUUUGUUUUGUACUUUCUCAAUAAACUGAUGUAUAAGAAGUGUGUGUUUUUAUGUUCGUGAUCA